AAUGUCUGUUUUAUUCGCUCUCACGCCGUUUGUAUUCGUUCAUCGGCGACUAUCAUCUCGAAACGACUGCACGUAUGCACCUAAGUUCACAGAAGAAGUCCAUUUGUAUGCCGGCGGAGAGUCCCAGGACACAGGAGAACCUUCUGAUCUGUAGCUGUCGGCUGAGAACAUGAGGAAGAGCCGGAGUGUUUUGGCAGUGACACCUAUUGAUGACAGCAAGGACCUCUCAGGAUCUACAUUUUCUGGCGCUACAUUGGGCGUGGAUCUCUGGCGAGGCCCCCGACGGCACUCAGGAACCCUUGUGUUGCCGCCGCUGUCAUGGAGACAGACAGAGAGGCCCCGCAGUCCUCAAGAAUAUCACGUUUCCAGACCCACGUCACUGGGCUUCAUUACCCCACCACGUAUAGAUAUCACACCAGUUCCCCCUGAUAGUUUGGAGGUGGAGAAUGGACCCUCUAUCGGCUGCAGUCCAUUGGACCUACAAGUGUCACCGGGCUCGGGUAUGGUCCUGCAUCCCAACAUGGCCAGUCACGGGCAACGGCGAGAGUCUUUCCUUUACCGCUCAGACAGUGACUAUGACCUCUCGCCCAAAUCCACCUCUCGCAACUCCUCCAUUGUUGGAGAACAGUUACAUGGGGAAGAUCUGAUAGUCACUCCUUUUGCUCAGGUGCUUGCAAGUCUUCGCACUGUUAGGAAUAAUGUCAGCUUCCUGACAAACGUGCCAUGUCCCUCCAGCAAAAGAUCACCAGUCAGCAGUCAACCGCCAAUGACCAAAGGCAACCUGUCAGAUGAGUCCUACCAGAAGCUGGCCGUGGAGACCAUGGAGGAGCUAGACUGGUGCCUGGACCAGCUGGAGACCAUCCAGACGUACCGCUCCGUCAGUGACAUGGCCUCCAACAAGUUCAAGAGGAUGUUGAAUCGGGAACUGACGCAUCUGUCUGAGAUGAGUCGCUCUGGAAACCAGGUGUCCGAGUUCAUCUCCAACACAUUCUUAGAUAAACAGAACGAGCUGGAGAUCCCUUCGCCCACUUCGAAAUCGCGGGAGAGGAAGAGGAGGCAGCAACAGCUGAUGAAUCAGAUCAGCGGGGUGAGGAAGGUGACGCAUGGCCCUGGUCUUCCCGGCAGCAGCAGUACGGCAAGGUUCGGCGUAAAAACAGACUUGGAGGACUUGCUCUCUAAGGACCUGGAGAACAUCAACAAGUGGGGUCUGAACAUCUUCAGUGUUUCAGAGCACUCUCACCACCGACCUCUGACCUGCAUCAUGUAUGGCAUCCUUCAGGAAAGAGAUUUAAUGAAGACAUUCAAGAUCCCAGUGGACACCUUUGUGACAUACAUGAUGACCCUCGAAGACCACUACCACGCAGACGUGGCCUAUCACAACAGUCUCCACGCGGCUGAUGUGGCCCAGUCCACACACAUCCUGCUGUCCACGCCCGCACUGGAGGCAGUCUUUACAGACCUGGAGAUCCUGGCCGCUAUCUUUGCAGCAGCCAUCCAUGACGUGGACCACCCAGGGGUUUCAAACCAGUUCCUAAUUAAUACCAACUCCGAGCUGGCGCUCAUGUACAAUGAUGAGUCUGUUCUCGAGAACCAUCACCUAGCGGUUGGUUUCAAGCUCUUGCAAGGGGAAAACUGUGAUAUCUUCCAAAACCUCUCCAAGAAACAGCGGCAGUCUCUCAGGAAAAUGGUCAUUGACGUGGUACUAGCGACAGACAUGUCCAAGCACAUGAGCUUACUGGCUGACUUGAAGACAAUGGUCGAGACCAAGAAGGUGACAAGUUCAGGAGUGUUGUUGCUCGACAACUAUACGGACAGGAUACAGGUCUUAAGAAAUAUGGUUCACUGUGCCGAUCUCAGCAAUCCCACCAAGCCAUUGGAUCUGUACCGGCAAUGGACGGACCGCAUUAUGGAAGAGUUUUUCCACCAGGGUGACCGAGAGAGAGAGCGAGGCAUGGAGAUCAGUCCGAUGUGUGACAAACACACCGCUUCAGUGGAGAAGUCUCAGGUUGGUUUCAUUGACUACAUCGUGCACCCGCUAUGGGAGACUUGGGCGGACCUGGUGCAUCCGGAUGCGCAGGAUAUCUUGGACACUUUAGAAGAGAACAGGAACUGGUACCACAGCAUGAUACCACAGAGUCCCUCCCCUCCCUUUUUCGAAACGGGAACUGACGGUGGAGAUAAGUUUCAGUUCGAGUUGGAGGACGAGGAAGGAGCCAAGCAGGAUACAGAGAACCUCUUUGAGACAGACAGUGUUGAGAAUGUGACGCGCUCUCCUUCAUCUGCCGAGACGUAGCACCUCACUACAUGUUGGCCGUAUUUGAUGACAGAGUAAAGUGGAGGAAGGUUAUUCUUCUGCUAUCUGAGAAUCCCACUGAGGACCACUGUGUCUUGGGACUCUGCUGUUGUUACAGAGCCUAUAAUGGGGAGCGAGUGAACAUCCUACACAAUAUAGUUUUCACAGAAUUUGCAAGAAUCCAGUCAGGGUGGACGGACAGGCGUACUCCCGAAAGUGCCAUAAGCUGGAUUUUCUAAAUCAACAGGUGGCAGUGAAGAACUGAAUGUUGAAGUGGGUUUCUGUGAAGGAGAAAUUCUGACCCUCUUAUUAGAGGGGUUUGUACUACAACAUUAAAUUGACUUUUUUGUAAAAACAAAAAAGAAGACUUUUUGUACUUCAAAAGUGAGGAAUGUCGUCAUGCUGAAGCAAAAGCAUGUAAUUCCCAGUCCUGUAUUGGGAAUGCAGUCUUCCUAAAUUUUAGACAACGGAAUAAUCUAUUUCUUGUGCCAGCAUACUUUAUCUUUAUUUAACAGAACAUUUUUGUACUUUGUAACACACAGUUUCUCUUUUAAAAGGCGUUCUUAUAAAGCGAUUCCUCUGGUACAUCUAAUGUGAUGUUUUAUGUUGUAUUACAGUAAGUAAAAAAAAAAGGAUCCAAAGAGUCCAGCAUUUUAGUGGUUACUCUUAAGGAAUGUCCUGGGCUGGAUAGAAAUUAAGCUCUUUUGAUUGUAUUUAUGGCAAUUAUGUUGAUUACCACAGAAUACAAAAUAUGUUGGGUUUUUCUUUUUGUAUUGUAUUUCCAUUGUUAGAGCCAUUGGUACAUAGUGUACAAUAAGGAACUACUUAUUGAUUUUUGCUUUUUUUUUACUGUUGGGUAGUCUGAAUUUAAUUUAUGGUCAAAAUGAUUUUUUUUCUUUGGUAACUGACAUCAUCCCACAGAUGCUGUUGAUCGAGCUGCACUAGUAUCAAGCCCAGAUCAUUCCUUUAAAACCACUUUAAUUUGGGAAACAAACAUCGCUUAAUAGCGACAUUAAACCGAUUACUGUUUUUUAAUGUACUAUAUAGUUAAAAAUGACCUCUUUGUGUCUGUAAAUGUCACUAAGAUACUUUUAUGUCAAGAAAAAAAAAGAGACUUAAGAUUCAACAUUAAAAAUGUCAACUCUUAAAUGCUUCAUUUCUUAGAAUCCAAGCUGUUAAUAUUCACGGAAUAAAGUCAACAAUAAACCUCAAUUACGCAAUCACUGAUGUCAAACAAUGCAGUUUCUCCUGAAUGUGCUUACUGGUCAGGAACGGAUGUGGUGAACACACGUCAUUCUAGCUGAGAUUAGCCUUUAAAUCAACAAGUAUAUUUUUUUUUUCCUAAAGAGAUGUAUAUUAUUUGCUUCUGCUUACCUUUUUUGAUAAUGCAUUAUUAUUAUUAUUAUUUUUAUUUGAUUCACAGUAAAAUGACUACAUUUUCCCACAGUCCAACUGACGUAAUUUGCCCAAAUUGAAAUUACGAUUACAGUGUGAAGCUAAAACUUGUCUUUUCUACUCAUGUUUGUCAUUGUGAAGCGGGUGAUGAACAAGCACACUGUGGAACAACUGUGAUUCCACUGGUGGAAUCACUGUUAUCUCCAUUAUUAUUAUAUUUAUUAUUAUUAUUAUUAUUAUUAUUAUUUUUUUAGUAUUAAUCCUCUGUUAAAGUUGUGUUGCACAUUUCUUAUUUGUCAAAAAAAAGAGAGAUUAAACAAAGAAAUUAAAAUUU